GAUUUUCAUCCCCAAGAAGCACCGGCAGCGGUUUGACGAGGUGGUGUCACAGAGCCUGAUCAGCAAGCUCUGCCGCUCCAAGAGUGAGCAGCACAGCAAUCGGCUGCGGCGCAGCCGGAGCGAGGACCACCAGGAGCGGCUCCUCGUCUCCACCUCCGUGCCCCGCAGCCAUGAGGAGGCCAGCAAGAGCCUGCGGAAAACUGCCUCGCUCAUCACCAGCAAUGUGGCCUCGGGGGCUGCCCGCAGAACUGUGCGAGUUUAUAAAGGCAACAGAAGCUUUGGCUUCACGCUACGUGGCCAUGCCCCGGUGUGGAUCGAGUCCGUUCUGCCAGGGAGCCCGGCUGAGAAGGCUGCUCUCAAAGCUGGAGACCGGAUCCUGUUCCUCAACGGCCUGGACAUGAGGAACUGCUCCCAUGACAAGGUGGUGUCGAUGCUGCAGGGCAGCGGGGCGAUGCCUACCUUGGUGGUGGAAGAGGGGAUCGUCAACUUCUCCAAUGACUCUGACUCUGCUGACUCCCCGAGCACCUCCUCCGCCCUCACCUCCCUGCAGUGGGUUGCAGAGCUACUCCCCUCUAGCAUCAAGAUUCAAGGAAGGACCUUCAGCCAGCAGCUGGAGCACCUGCUGACUCCACCCGAGCGCUAUACCAUCUGCAAAGCGCUGGAAGGCUUCUUCCAACAUCGGAAUAUUGACACUCUCAUUGUGGAUGCGUACCCGGUGCUGGACACACCGGCCAAGCAAGUCAUUUGGCAGUUUAUCUACCAGCUGCUGACGUGUGAAGAGCAGGAGCACUGCCAGCAAAAGAUUGCCAGGUUUCUUGGUUACAAGUCCUUGGCAG